GCCCGGUCGGGCUCCCCGCAUCACCGAGCACCCGGGCGACGUGGUGGUGCGCAAGCACGAGCCGGUGACGCUGCGCUGCCGGGCGGACGCCGAGCCCCCGGCUCGCCUGUCCUGGUUCCACGAGGGCCGCCCGGUGCGCAACUCGGCCACGCGUAUGGUGCUGCCGGAGGGACAGCUCUUCUUCCUGCACGUCCAGCACAGCCGCAGGGACCAGGACACGGGCAUCUACUGGUGCACGGCAUCCAACGCGCUCGGUGUGGCACGCUCCCGCAACGCGUCCGUCGAACUCGCAGUGCUCCGCGAUGAGUUCCGGGUGACGCCCAAGUCCUCCCGCGUGGCGGCGGGCGAUUCGGCGACGCUGGAGUGCGUUCCGCCCAGGGGCCACCCCGAGCCCUCGGUCACGUGGUUCAAGGACGGCACCCAGGUGGCCACGGGCACGGGGCGCAUCCGCCUGCUGGGCCACGGAUCGCUGCUCAUCGCCGACGUCAGGCACGCCGACCAGGGCCGCUACGUGUGCAGGGCCGCCAACCUCCUCGGCACCCGGGAGACCCCCGCUGCCACGCUCUCCGUGCACACAAAGCCGUACUUCGUUCGUGUUCCGGAAGAUGUGACGACGAUUGCCGACGAUUCCGUGGAGUUCCAGUGCAAGGUCAACGGGGAUCCAAAACCCACCGUGACCUGGAGGAGGCAGGACGGAAAGAUGCCCGUCGGCAGAGCCUUCAUCCAGGAAGACAAGAGCUUGCGCAUACAGAAUGUCUCCCCCAUGGAUGAGGGAACCUACAUCUGCGAAUCUGAGAACUUCGUUGGCUCCGUUUCAGCCUCUGCUAGUCUCACCGUGCAUUCUCGACCCUCGUUCCGGCUGACACCUGAAGACCAGAAGGUGGGACUGAAUGGCGUCGCAAAAUUCGACUGUUUUGCCACGGGCAAUCCUCAGCCAUCUGUCUUCUGGACCAGAGAGGGUGACCAGGUGCUGAUGUUCCCUGGAAAAUCACACGGCCGGUUUUUGGUCACAAACCAAGGUACUCUGGUAAUCUCUAGUGUACGCAAGGAAGACCGUGGCUACUACACUUGCUCUGCACUCUCCAUCGUGGGGUCUUCCAUGGCUAAGGGCUACCUGGAGGUCACUGCAAUUGCCGACCUCCCACCGCCCGUCAUUCGCCUGGGUCCGGCUAACCAAACGCUGCCCAUCAACACUGCAGCCAUCAUGCCAUGUGAAGCGACGGGCAAACCAACCCCGACGGUGUACUGGCUGUACAAUGCGGUCCCCUUGCAGGCAGAUACUAGGCCCAGAUUUGUGAUCCUUCAGUCGGGAACAUUGAGGAUAAACGGAUUGCAAAUUUCGGACAGUGGAACGUACACCUGCACAGCAUCUAGCGAGAGUGGGGAGACCUCUUGGACCGCCUCUCUGACCGUCGAAUCUCCACACAACCCCAACGUAAACUUUCAUCGGACUCCGGAUCCCUCCACUUUCCCUGGGCCACCUUCGAAACCCGUUGUUGUCAACAUAAGCGAAACGUCAAUCACUCUCACCUGGAGGCGGAGCGAAAAAGUGGGAGAGUCCUCAUUGAGGGGAUACACGAUUGAAUACUACAGUAGCGACCUGCAAAGCGGCUGGGUUUCAGGAGCACAUCGUGUACUCUCUGAAACAUACACAAUUCAAGCACUUCGGCCUGAUUCGCGCUAUGUCUUCAUCGUUCGAGCCGAAAAUGCUCAUGGUUUGGGGCCCCCGAGUCCUGCUUCAGAUACCAUACGCACUUUAGGGUUAGCUCCUCAUUUUCUUCCCGAGUAUAAUCUGGACGAAGCCCGGGCCAAGUUGACCUCUUGCGUGGUGACUCUACAGGAGAUACGUGCUACAAGCUCCACCGCUGUGAAACUCACGUGGAGGGUUCAAGGAGACAAGGAUUAUGUGGAGGGAUUCUAUAUUCGAUUUAGAGAUGUGAGCGGGGGAUCACAGAAGUUUAACAUGGUAACUGUUCUUAAUGGAGGAGCUUCGUCCUACGUCCUCAACGAUCUCAGGGCAUAUGCAAAGUAUGAGUUCUUCUUGGUACCAUUCUACAAGAGUGUGGAAGGUCCACCCAGUAACUCAAGGAAUGUCCAGACAUUGGAAGAUGUUCCAACGGCAGCACCUGAAGAUGUUAGAGCUCAUGUGAUAAAUUUUACCACUGCCAGAAUCAUCUGGUCUCCCCCUCCUCCUCAGCACUGCAAUGGAAAGCUGAGAGGCUAUAAUAUCUAUGUAACAGGAAACCUGUCUGAGCCAUUCUUGAACAAGAGUACGAACACUACGACAAACUCUCUGCUUCUGACCAACCUCAAAGCAGGGGCUUCUUAUAAAGUUCGCAUUGUUGCUCACACCUCGGUCGGCAGCGGGCCCCUGAGUUCUCCUGUUCUUUUCAGAAUGGAUGGCCCAUCUUCAACGUCAUUGUCCACCCCUUUUCACAAUGUUGUAAAGCAGUUCUGGUUCAUUGUUCUCAUUGGCUGCAUCAUGUUUAUAGCCGUCAGCGUGUUUUUACUGUUCGUGGUUUAUAAAAGAAAGCUCGAAUUGAAGAAGACAUCUACAGCAGGUCCUGUUCGCAAGUCAGAGGACCUAAGCAACCGCGUCAAUUCACUAACUGGCAGGACGGGCCGUAGUCCUCACGACGCCCUGUGGAUUAACCAUGGUGCCUGGAGGCCCUGCGAUGCAUCCAAGGACACCUUUUGCGAGACUAAGCUGCUUAGCAAGGUGGACUGCGCUUCGAAUGACCUAAUCUACUCCAGUGUCUAUGCACCACUUAAUUGUGGCAUAAAUGCUCCUGACUAUGCAGAGGUUGAUACACACAACCUGACAACUUUCUACAAAAACGAUGUGCCUUCAGAUCCCGAGCCAUAUGCCACAACUACAUUGAUAAAUUCUUCACCUCAGAAAAGCUUCAAUGAAUCUGCUAAAGAUGGGCGCAGCGGUAUCUCAGGUGAAGAAGGAAGCCGCUUAUCGGUCGAGGAUUUUGAUAUUGAGUUGGAGAGAUCAAACAAAGAAUGCAAUACAAAUCGACUGCUGGGGUCUGAGAAGCACUCAAGUCCAAUCAGUGGUUCUGGAAGCCACACAGCAAAUGAUUAUGGCAUGCCCAUAAAGAAGAGCCGGCAAAAAUUAUUCAAAGCGAAUGGCCACCCUAUAGGCCCCACGAUGAACUGGGCCGAAAUUAUUCCUCCACCUCCGGAGCAGCCUCCCAGCGAUGCUGGUUCAGCACCAAGCAACCCCGCUUCACAUCGGGGAGGGUCUUCAUACAGUAGGCAACUAAAAAAAAAGGCCUCCCCUAGUAGUGCGACGGUGGUACACGAAGCCCCCAGGUUCAUUGCUUCCUCCCCAAGGGCUAGUCUUGACAAAUUCAACCACAGCCUCGGGACCUGCUACACGGACCCCAUCACGGGCCCCCUUUUCACCACGAGAGAUCUCAGGCCGCUGCUGAGGCCUCCCCAGCAGCCGCAGAUCCAAACGCAACCAUCACCCUUCUGCCAGCCUCUCAUGGACAAAGGGGUGCAGUCGUCUCUCCCGUCACUAGUCAGCGAGUCACACUCCUUUUCACCUGCCCUUGAGCUGUCUGGGCCGCACCUCGCGACGCCUCAAGGAAAUAUUUACCAGUUCCUGAAUGGAGAGUCGGAUGCAGAAAAUAUUUCACGGCCACGUUCCCUUGAGUCCAGUGUGGCCGGAGACACAGACUAUGCACCGAGUCAUGUACCAUCGUGGGAAAGCACAACAGAACACAGCAACAGCUCUUGCACAAGCGGCCGCUCCAGUGGUGCCAGUUCUUACAAUGACUCUGUCUACAAUGAAGUAGAUUUCGCCAGCGCUGUGGCUUUGGCAGCACAAAAUGCUGGCCUACAGGCCAACGGGUCAAUUAUUUCUACAGCUCGCAUAAUAAACAGCUACGAUAUAAAAACGGCACGUGAGAACUUGACAAAAGCUCGGUUAAAACAGCAACUGGAUACAAACUGCUGAAUAUCAUUGAGAGCUUUUGCUUUAAGUCCUCAAAGCAUGCGUCAAAGCAGUUGGUCAAGAUCCGCUGAGAGAUUUUUAAUGCCUGCAGUGAGACA